AUGACUCUGCACACUCAUAAAGAACAUAAUAGCGUCUCACUGGUGCGGGACCAUCAAUCCAGGAAUGGGCCGCAGGCUGAGGGGCGUGUGAGUGUGAGGGGAGGGGCCUCCAUGGUGUAUCUGAGGCGCUUCAUUGGCUGUGCCGUGCGGGAGUUCAGCUUCCUGGCCAGGAAACCCGGCUGUGGAGGACUGCACAUCACCACCGACGCCUGCUGGGGACGCUGUGAGACAUGGGAGAAGCCUGUGCUGGACCCUCCCUAUGUGGAGUCGUAUCAGCGCGUCUGCACCUAUAAUGAGUCUCGCCUGGUGACCGUCCGACUCCCCAACUGCUCUGCUAACGUGGACCCCAACUACACCUACCCUGUGGCACUGCGCUGCGACUGCUCUCUGUGCCAUACCAGUACUACAGAGUGCAUUACUGCUGUCUAA